AUGACGCCCCUCCCGUUGGCAACCAACAAGCCCGGCCUGCAGGAUGCGCGCACAUCUACGGCCCUUGCGCUGCGCGAGUACAUGAACCUGCUGCGCGCACGGCUCCGAAAGGACGAGGUCGGAAUCGGCGAGCGCCUGCGCAUCCAGGCCUCGACGGUGCUCGGCGACCUGCAGACGCUGCGACAGGAAGUGGCUGAUCUCGUCACCGAAGCCGAGUCUCACCGGUGGCGGCGAUUCAUGAUUGGGGGUGCAAUCGCAUCCUUCAUCCCCAUCGUGCGCGCCAUCUUCCGGCGGCCCAGGCACGAGAAGGGGUCGUCCAACGACACCGAGUACGCGUUCAAGAAGAGCAAGUCGCUCGUGGCGCGCAUCCUGGACUCGGCGCGCCGCCCGGGCAUCGCCACCGUGGCCUUCUUCGUGUUCGCCGUCAUGUACGUCUUCCAGAACGAGGUGUCGCUGCGCGUCGGCCGCACCGUGGCCAAGCGCCUCAAGCGCCUCAGCACCAAGAUCGAGAACGGCGAGGAGGAGCUCAACGAGGACGACCUCGGCCUGCUGGAGGGCUGGAGGUGGCGGGUGUUGAUGUGGAGCUGA